ACGUUGUUUGUAGACAUUGUUGAAAAACGGUCGCAUUGUUCGUUUGUUUAUAAUCUGUGGCUUAUUUUCAAAUUUAAAAAUUUGGAAUAUUUAUAUUUUUUCUAAGGGCUAUGAAAACAACACUUCUUUGAGUUUGUUUUCUGAAAUACACAUCGUUUAUCUAUAAAAAAACUGCAAUAAUAAUAAAUUUGUCGAUAUUUUAUCCUUAGGAUAGCUACUUCUUAGACAAACCGCAGUUCAUCCUGAGAAUUUAUAAAAAUAUGGAUUCUAUUACAAGCACUGAAGAUAUGUUGAUUCAGACCAAAGGAAGACAAGAGAAUAUAUUAUUAGAAAUAAUCAAGGAAGUUUGCAGCGUCUCUAACUCUCAAUUGUCUACAAAAGUCGUUGGAAAAGUUAAUAGAAUAAUCGCCGAUUGUGACCUAAUUCAUUAUUCAAGUCUUCACAAACUUAGUACUGCUGAUGAAAGUACAGCAACUGUUUUAGGUUUUAUGAAUCAAUCUGUAGUAGAGCUUACUUUUGAUGAACAAAUAGAAUUAAACAAUGCUAUAUUACAUAAAAUUCAAUCAAAGCUACCUGAAUUUAAUGCUGAAUUGGAAAAACUACAACAGUCAAUGGGAGCUAGGAAUUCAAGAAAAGCUGAAAUACAAACAUUACAAAGAAGUCUGGACGAGAAAUUGAAUGUAUUGAAAGAACAAGAGGGAGAAAAGGUUGAUUUGAUGAUGGAAUGGUUAAAUCAUAGACUUCAACAUGUGUCUACAUUUAGCUCUAACUCUACAGAACACUUAACUUUGAAGACUAAAAUACUUGAAAUGAAGUCCAGAAUACUACAUCUACAAAUCUUACAGAAUAUCUUCACAGAAACAAAUCAGUCUAUAAAGGCAUAUAGUGAAGUGCAUAAAGAUUUAAAAGAAAAUAUACAAGAGACAGAGCAGAGGAUCAAGCAGUAUAAAGAUAUUAUAGAAAGCAAUUAGAUUUAUUGUCCAAAUUAUAAGUUUAUUAAAUAAUUUU